UCAGAUUCAACUUUUAAAACAGUUUCUGAAAAUUGGAAAAUGGAAAUGUUAUCAAAACAUUAUUGACAAUCAGCUGCUGCGUGUGACUAAUCUAGUUGGUCUUGACUCAAUACUGACAUUUUAGGUUAGGAAAAUACGACUGUUUUAUUGACAAAUACAUUAUUUAAAUAGAUUUUAUAAUAAAUCAAUUAUGGAUAUCUCAAGAAUGAAUAAUGGAUCAAAACUAUAUCUUUGCAAGUGGUAUUUCAGGGCUGGAUUUGCGUGCCUUCCUAUUGUUUGGCUCAUCAACUCAGUUUGGUUUUUUGAGGAAGCAUUCAAGAAGCCACCCUAUGAAGAACAAGCUCAAAUAAAGCGAUAUGUGACGUUUUCUGGUAUAGGCGCUGCGAUUUGGAUAGUAGGGAUGGCGAUCUGGGUCUACAUAUUCCAAACACACAGAGCUGAAUGGGGCGAAUUUGGCGAUGAUUUAACAUUCACAAUCCCUACAGGCAUCAAGUGAUUGCUCUACUAAGUGCUGUGAAAAUACUUUCUAGAAACUAUACUUCUGUAAUCAAGAUUAAACUCACAUAGCUUACUGAUAUUGUUCUAAUCAAAGUGAAAACAUGGAAAUGUUUCCAGCCUUUAGAAUGCAAACAAUUUUUUAACGAAGUCUUAAUAUUACAGUCACGUAGUUAGGUUUUUUGAAAUCAGGGGCAUUUUCCUAACUCAAGCCUUAAACAGAUAAUCCAUUUUUCAUUAUAAAGCUGGAUUCGCUCACAACAAUGACAGUGAAAAUAUAUAAUAUAAUAAAAUAUACUCACUCGGCCGGGCAGAGUGGGAAUAGUCUAAUUGUGGGUAUUUUAUGUUCACUGUCAAUGUUUGUAUGAAUCCUGCUACCGGUAUGCUCUAAUAAUUAACGUAUUAUUAAUACUUUUUGUGUAGUUGAGAAGUUGAUAUUGUGGUAAUUAUUCAUAUUAAAUAAAUAAAAAUAAAAAAUGUUCAAAGUAUUAUUAAUAAUUAAGCCUGUUCUUUGAAAAUUUUCCAGGCAAUGCUUUUGUGAAAAAAAUUAAUCAUUCAACUUUUUUGUUGUACUAAAGUACAGUAUUUCAAGCAAUAAAUUAACAUUCUCAUGACAUUAUUCUACAAUGAGUAUUUACUAUUCAUUUUGAUAGGAGAUGAUCGAAAUCUUUUUUCAUCCCUAUAAUCCAUGUUUGAUGUUUAUUCUCAUUAUAAUAAUUAUAUAUUUGACAGUUUAUUGACCUACUUUUAUUUAUUGUAAUAAAGCUAUUUUGAUACUCA